AUGCGAGGAAUGCAGCAAAACAAUCUGGUGGGCUGGCAGGAAACGAAAGGUAGAGAAUCAUCUGGAGAAGAAGCACCUAGAGAGAAAAUGAGUACCCAGAAGAGGACUGGGUCAACAAUAAUAUCUCAAGCCCAAGAUGAUUUGAUGAAAGCGCGAUGCGCUGCAUGCAUUUACCCUACCGCCUUCUAUUCGAUGCCUGAAUGCCUGAAUGCCUGA